AUGUCAUUUCAAAAUAUUUCUACAGGAAGCAUUACUGAAUUUGUAAUUGGAGGAUUUGACACCGUGCAAAGACCUUUAGCUGUUGGUGUUGUGCUGCUGAUAAUGUACAUUCUUGUUAUGACUGCAAACUUUGCAAACAUAUAUUUCAUUAUAUUAGAUAAACGUCUGCACCAGCCAAUGUACCUUUUUAUCUGCAAUUUAGCAUUUGUAGAUAUGCUUUACUGUACAAGUUCAUGUCCAACUAUGAUAGGUGUUCUUGUAGUUGGCUGUAAAACCAUAUCCUAUGUGCCUUGCAUUUUUCAGAUGUUUGUUUUCCAUUUGUGUGGCAUCAUGGAGACGUUUGCUAUUGCUGUUAUGGCUUUUGAUCGUUUUAUUGCAAUAGGAAGCCCUUUACGAUAUAGGUCUAUACUAACCAAUUUUCGUUGUGUUUUAAUCACUGUUUUACUGUGGAUGGUGGCUUGUGCUGUUUUGAGUAUAAUUCCUGUCACUAUUCUUCCUUUACCAUUAUGUCAGUCAACUCUGAAAUAUGUCUUUUGUGACUAUCCGGCUAUUGUUAGGGCAAGUUGUGUGGAUCCUAAUCCAUAUUUCAACACAAUAUCUGUCAUAUCCUUCUUUAUCAUUUUUGUAACCUUUGGGUUCAUCUGCUUUUCCUAUCUAAAGAUAGUUAUUGUUGUUGUAAAAAUGUCCUCAAUGAGUGACAAGAAAAAAGUGUUCAAUACUUGCUUUAGUCAUUUGAUAGUUAUAGUCUGCUACUAUGCUCCUAGAUUUAUACUUAUUGUCUUGACCAGAAUUGGUGUAGUUUUAUCACUGGAAGAACGGCAUGGGUUGGUGGUUGGGGCCAUUCUUGGACCUUCUUUAGUAAAUCCUUUUAUAUAUUGUCUUAGGACCAAGGAGAUCAGAAACAAAGUGUUGAGAAUUCUUUCAAAAGUUGAACCAGCAUUUUGA